UUUGCUGUUUCGUCUUGUGCUGAAUGUUAGCCUCGGUCUGUUGCCGCUACACACUGAUCUUUCCCGUGGCCACACGCAGCUACAGCUGUUUUUAUAAAUCAUUCUGUUUUGUCAACGUUUCUGGUCUGUGAUGGCCAUGAGCAGCUUGGAGGGCAGUGCCACCGAGGCCGUUCAGAUCUGGACACCAGAGACUCCGAGCUGGUGCUAAGGACAUGGGACUCUCCCUCAGAGUUAGCGACAGGCUCAGCAGCACGAGACGUUACAGUGACAAACCAGCGGUGGCGCAGGACUGCUGCCCCCAGAGCCUUCUCACCCUCUGUAGGACGUCACCACCACAGGCCCAGGAGCACCCAGACCCCAGUAACAGCAGUGUUGUAUAGAGACUCUCUGUAAGCUGUGCGUCUGAUGAGGAUGUCUGAUCCUGUUACUGUAAAGGACAUCAGUAGGACUGAGACCAUGAAGGUUUGUGAGGCUAAAGUGGAGCUGGAGGCAGCAGACUGGACCGGAACCACAACACUAGGAGCAGACAGCAGACGGAACGGUGUGAAGGACAAACCCAAACAGGCUGGGAGCCUGGUGCUGGAACACAAUGCCACCGGUCACCAAGACGGAAGCUGCUGUGACAACAAGAGGGAAACGUCACAGAUAUCCCAGUCCUUUGAUAAGGAGGAGCUGUCUGCCAAGGAGGAGAAGGUGGAGAAACCAGAGAAGAUGCCCAGGAAAAUGCUCUCAAGAGAUUCCAGCCAGGACUACACAGACUCUACUGGAAUAGACCUGCAUGAGUUCCUGGUCAACACUCUUAAGAACAACCCCAGAGACAGAAUGAUGCUGUUGAAGUUGGAGCAGGACAUUCUGGAUUUUAUCAGUAAUAAUGAAAGCCAGAAGAGGAAGUUCCCUCCCAUGACGUCGUACCAUAGAAUGCUGCUACACCGAGUGGCUGCCUACUUUGGCAUGGAUCACAAUGUUGACCCCACCGGGAAGUCGGUCAUCAUCAACAAAACUAGCAAUACAAGAAUACCAGAUCAAAAAUUCUCAGAACACAUAAAAGACGACAAAACAGACGAUUUCCAAAAACGCUACAUUCUCAAAAGAGACAACGCCAGCUUCGACCGGGAAGACGGCAUGAUACGAAUGCGCCUGAAAGACGACAGGAGAAGCAAAUCUAUCGAGGAGAGAGAGGAGGACUAUCAGAGAGCCAGGGACAGGAUAUUUGCACCAGAUGGAGAUCAUUUCCAUCUAGAUGGAAGGAGCCCUGAUGAAGAGGCUUGUAUCAGCACACAACAGAGACGGCAACUCUUCAGACUAGGGGACGGGCGAUCAGCCAGCAGUAGACAGAGCAGCUCUGAGAAUGACCCCAAGAACUGUGAUGCCCGGCCGUGGAGCAGCACUGAUUCAGACAGCUCCAACCGUAACCUGAGGCCGACCAUGACCAAGGCCAGCAGCUUCAGCAGCAUCUCUGUCCUCAUCAGAGGAGACAGCUCAGCCAGCAGCAAGAGCACCGGACGCCUCUCCAAAACAGGUUCUGAGUCUUCUAAUAGUGUAGGGUCUUCUACGAGUUCCAUCUCUCGCCCCCAAGUCCUCCACCUGCCUCUCCCUGUCCCAGCUGCUCUAACCCAGGCAGCCGGCCCUGUCGGGGGCCCCAGCACGGUGCAACCUACACCUUCCUCCUCUGCGUCCUCCGCUGCCACGGCCCCCAGCAAUAGUAGAACUUCUGUACACUGUGAUCGGGGCAGCAGGAAUGGCCCGGCGCCUGCAUCCGGCCCAGCGCCAACCCAGGCCACUGCUAAUGCUACUAGUUACUAUUUCCUUCCCCCGGAAGCCACAGGGAUACCGCCUGGCAGUAUACUGGUCAACCCACACACAGGCCAACCCUUUGUAAACCCUGACGGCAGUGCUGUGAUCUACAACCCCUCGAUGACCUCACAGCAAGGUGGGAGGAGCCAGCAGCCCUUGGCCCCUCCCCUACCGCCUCCUGCCCCGCACCAGCCAGCCAAUCACGUCCUCUCCCAGCAAGAAGGGCUGGCUGCCCAGUUCAGCCACAUGAGUGUGGUGCGCCAGGCGUCCAGCGACGGAACUAACGGCGGCCCCCACCCUGCCAUGUACCCUUCGGGCCCUGUGGUGCUCCAAGCCCCCCUGCAGCACCAGCAGACUGGCUACAUGGUGGCCCCUCCAGGGCCCCCUGUGGUGGGACAAACCCAGGCCUACCCCGGCCCUGCACACCCUAUGAGCCAGCCGGUCAUGCAGCAACAGGGCUACAUGCCACAGCAGAUGCACACAUGUUACUGUGCUCCAGCCCAGGACCCCCACUCCCACUCCAACCAGCACUAUCGCCCUGUCAGCCCCGUGCACUACACCAGCCCCCAGAACCAGCCUCUACCCCAGCAGCCAGGUUACCAUGCUGUGAUGCCAAAUCAGCCCCAGGGCCCUCAGCAUCAGAACCUGGUGAACAACCAGCAGCACAGCAAUAUGGGAAAUCACAUGACGGCCUUCAUGGUCCAGUACCCUUCAAUGACGUCUUAUCAGGUAUCAAUGCCCCAGGGGUCUCAGAACAUGCCUCCACAUCAGCAGGCAUGUCAACAGCCAAUGAUGAUCCAGAGCCAUCCAAGCCAAGGUCCCAUGGCCAUGUCAGGCAUGCAGGUUUACUACAGUGUCAUGCCACCAAAUCAACACAGCACCAUGAGUCCAUCGAUGGGUUUCUUACCUCCUCCUGGAGCAGAGCAGAUGCAGUUUCCCCGGGCUUUGUCUCCGUGUGGGACCCAGCAGCUACCAGGACAGCAGUGCACAGGUGUGCACCCCGGUCCUCACAGUGGUGGUAUGGUGAUGAUGCAGCUGACCCUGCCCCCUAACCACCAGCCCAGAGCCCACUCCCCUUCACAGUGGAAACACAACAGAUUCUACAGUCUGGAUCACACACGCAGCCAGAGGUCCUCAGAACAACUAAACAACUCACAGAACAGUCCCCAGCUGGGCGGCGCCAGCACGCCUCCGGCCCAGCCCCAAGCCCCAACCCACCAGCUUACCUCCAUAAAGAACCUCCACUCGGCCGGCCCCACCCCCAUCCCCAUAAUCACCCAGUUCCCCAGACCCUUCGGCCCAGGGCAGGCAGUGGACGGCAGAUACCCAUUACUGGGUCAACCCCUCCAGUACAACCCUGCCAUCAGGCCUCCGCUGAUCCACGGCACACACCACAUGAUCCCCAACCACCACCACGGCCCAAUGGGAAUCCGGCAUCAUGGGGGGCGAGGGAGGAGACCACCGCCUAGGAAGUCAUUAUCAUCAGAUCUUAGUGUAGGUGACCCAGUGAACAGUGGAGUCCUGGAGGUGCUGGAGCUACCAGAGGGCAUCAGUCGUACGGAGGCAGACUCUCUCCUGGGGGAACUAUACAGAGGAGGGGCCAUGAUCAAGUGGUUGUCUGAGACCCAACAGCACCAACACCAGAACCAGUCUGGUGAAACCCUGCUGAAGCACUGUGGGGCUGGGGGGGACGGUAAAAACGGUGACACAAACACUGACACUACUUCCUGUUCCAAACCCCCCAGUAGUAACCAUAACGACCUGGCGUCCACCUACACCAUCCUGGCUGUGUUUCCCUCCAGGUACGCAGCUCAGAACGCCUUGCUCAGACACAGUGGCCCUGCCGGCCCUGGGCCCCUCCUUACCACCACGUUCAAACUGAGAACUAGCAAGAGACACUCUGAGUUUCACAACCUGGAGAGGACCAGCUCUCAAUAGCAGGGUGGGGUGCUGUAGCCAGCCAACCAGGAGAGGACCACCUCUCAAUAGCAGGGUGGGGUGCUGUAGCCAGUCAACCAGGAGAGGACCACCUCUCAAUAGCAGGGUGGGGUGCUGUAGCCAGUCAACCAGGAGAGGACCACCUCUCAAUAGCAGGGUGGGGUGAUAUGUUACUAGGGCCCCUGAGAGGUUGUUCUAGGGUCUCCCACGGGGUGCUAUGAGGGGCUGCCUGUCACGGGCCCUCGCCAUGGCCCCUCCACCUCCACUGCUGCCAUUGGCCAACCAACCAGACACCCCUCUUCUGCAAGAAUCACUCACUAGUCUCCACUUCCCACCGGACUGACAGACAGACUGAUGGAGUAUCACUCGGUUGGCAUUAUCUAACAGCUUGAAAAUGUGUAAAAAGGAUCUGACAACACACCAAUGUUGAAACACAAAGACACAGACAGAAAAACUUGAAGUUUGAAGUUCCAAAAGUGACAUAUUUUAUUUGCAGACAGAACAUGGUAAAGGAGCAGCAUGUUUUAUUUUAUUUUAUUUUGUUUUAUGUUUGUUAAAAGCUGCAGUCAGAACACCCAAAGCAGGGUUGUACUCAUUCAUUACAAGAGGAUAAUAUACCAAGUGUCUCUCAUUGGACAAGAGUGUCUCUCUUUGGGCCGGAUUCUGAUUUGAGAUCUGCAACGAAUAACUCCAGAUUUCAGUUUAAAGUGUCCCAUUGACGUAAAAGCUUGAUUUACACGAAAGCCUGAGUUGUGCUGGUGUAUAAUAUCAAGUUAGGAUUCGGCCCGUAGCGUCAGUCUCCUGUUUAGUCAGUUGGUGUGCUACUAAAACAGCAGAUUAGAGUCUUCUAGAACAAGGUUGUGUCCCAAAUGGCACCCUAUUUCCCUGUAUAGUGCACUACUUAGGUCUCAUAGGGCUGUGGUUUUAUGAGCCCUAUGGGACCUGGUCUAAAGUAGUGCACUAUCUAGAGAAUAGGGUUCUGUUUGGGACUUAGCCCAACAGAAUGUUCUUUUUGUGCCUUCUAACUGGACUCUGGUGCCACUGUCCAUCCCUCUCCCAAACACCCCUAAAGACAAGACACCCCAUCCAAUUCCAUUUGUAUAAACUCUGACCCACCAAUUUCAUUCACAAUAAAUCAUCACUGAUAUGGUAGCUAAAUUAUUCUCACUUUUCUACACAGUAAAUGGUAUCUUUGCACUGGCACAAAGAAGUGGUGUUUGUUUUGAUAGUGGUUUAUCGUUUUGAAGGUAAAAGAUGAGAACCUUGGUGCAUCUCAUUGAUGGUUUAUUCUAUUUGAGCUUUUCUAAAAUGAAUGGCCUUCUCACCAACCACCUCCAACCCUCUCUGUUCAGUCCACCCAUUCCCUGGUUACGUAUCAAAUGGCACCCUAUUCCCUAUGGACCCUGGUCAAAAGUAGUGCACUAUAUAGGGUGGCCAGGCCAAAUUCCUUUCAUGUUUAGUUCGUUUUACCAUUUGUAUCCUAUCAGAAGGGUCACUGGAAAAGUGUGCAUUAUUCACAACACACCCCCAACCCCAUCAUACCCAAACAAAUGUCUAUUUAAGAUGGUUGUUGAUGGUGGAUUCAGGAGAGAUUUAAGAUGGUUGUUGAUGGUGGAUUCAGGAGAGAUGUACAGUCUGCUGGUGCAAGAUGUUUUUAUUUCUGUUUGAAAACAAUAAAUGUUUACACCAAAACGA